AUUGAAUCAUAUCCUGCAUCCAAACCAUGUCGAGAACAUCAUACGAUAGAUAUCUCACCGUUUUCUCGCCCGAGGGCCGACUGUACCAAGUCGAAUAUGCAUUCAAAGCUAUCUCUGGUUCAGGCCACACAGCGGUCUCUGUCAGAGGGACUGAUACCUCUGUGGUCAUUACCCAAAAGAAGAUCCCAGAUAAGCUGUUGGAUGCAUCGACUGUUACGCACCUCUACAGCAUCACCCGUACUAUUGGGUGUGUCAUGACUGGUCUUGUCGCUGAUGCCCGUGCCCAAGUUUUACGUGCUCAGCAAGAGGCUGUCCAGUGGAGAUACAAGUAUGGAUACGAGAUAACUCCGGAUGCCCUGGCACGACGGCUGGCAAACAUCAAUCAAGUCUACACGCAACGGGCUGGCAUGCGACCCCUAGGCAUCUCUAUGAUCCUAAUUGGCAUCGAUCCAGAAUACGGGCCGCAAUGUUUCAAAUUGGACCCUGCAGGCUACUUUGUUGGGUUCCACGCCACUGCUGCUGGACAGAAACAACAAGAAGCAAUGAACCACUUAGAAAAGAAAUGGAAGAAGCUAGACAAGGGUAAGGGAGCUGAUGAUGCUGCAGCUGCUGGCAAGAAGCUCAGUCGAGCGGAGGUUAUUGAGAUUGCAAUAGAAGCAAUGUCGACGGUUCAUGCGACGGACUACAAGGCCGGAGAGAUAGAGAUUGGGAUCGUGUCGACUGCUGAGGACGAGGACCCCAAGAUUCGUGGUGAAUGGCGUGUGAUGGAUGAGGCCGAGGUCGAAAGAUAUCUCCUAGCAUAUGCAGAAAAGGACUAGGAAUUGUGGCACACAUGAGAAUUAAUCAUUUGCUCGCGGAAACUCGGAA